AAUUUCAAUUCCUCUCUGUUCCUAUGGCCUACUUGAAUCACAAGCCUUUGGCAUCAAGUUUCAGCGACCAUGAUCAAAAUGCUGCAACUUUUUUUUGUGUCAAAUUGAUUGCUUUUUGUGUUUGGGAAAUCGGAAAUCGGAAAUUUGAAAUUGGGUUUUUGUGGGUUUGUUAUUCUCGUCUCUCUGAAGAUAAGGAUUUUGGUGUUUGUUAAGUAAUUUGGUGUUUUUUGUAUUUGAUCGCAUUCAUGGCUAUGUUUGGUAAAUCCGUGUUUUCUUCUUUGGGAAAGUUCUGUUUUUGGGGAUUAGAUUUUUCUGGGUGUCUGUAUUCAUUGAAUCUUCACAGUUUGUUGGACUUGUUUAUAUACCUGUAUCUUUGUCUGGUUUCCCUGAAAGGGGAGACCUUGAAUCUUCUUGCUAAUUGACUCGGCCGAAAGAAUUGAACUUUGCUUAUGUCAUGUCCUGGUUGAAAUUUCCAAGCAAAGAUUUAAAGUCAUAGAUGCAGAGCUGAAGCUACCCAUCAUAUUAUUUGUUUCCACUCCCACUGCUUUGGCCUGGAAUGCUCCCGUACAGAUUGGUUGAAAUUAUAUUUCCGUGUGAAAACUCGGCAGAACGAGCAAAAGAUCUUUGACUGAAAAUGGCUUUGGCUUUUACAAAUCUUUCGUGGUGGUUGUGGAGUGGAAAGCAGAAGGAGCCUAGAAUCUCUAAUGGAACCUGUUUAAAUUCUUCCCCUGAAUCGGGUUUGUGGGAAUCUGAUGCAUUAAAGUUGAGUUGGUUCAAAUGUGGAUGGCGGAAGGCUUUAUUGAAGAGAGCCAAACAGAGAGAAUGGAGGACACUGGUAAUGCUUAUUUCAAUUCUUUACACAAGAUAGGCUUUCUUGUGCCCUCUAGAUGUGAUACCAGGGUGGAUUUUGAUUCGGUAUUUUCGGUACCCGCCUAUAAUCCAGGCAACUUAUUGUAUAAAGUAAAUCCUGUCAAGCUCUCAGAGUUGGUAAACACAACUGCGCUGGUGGAUUAUUUUGCAGCCGUGGAUGGUAAUUUAGAUGGAGCCUUGGAAACGACACAGCAUUUGUCUCUGAAUUGUAAGGAAAUUAGUGAUAUGACUUUUGGGAUUCUCAAAAAUUUUAAGCGUCUGCACACCCUCCUACUCCUGUCUGGCCAUGGGUCUUCCAUCAAACAUGUUCCUCGUGACUUGUUUUUGAGCUUAAAGGAUUUGAGAACACUAAAUUUGAGUCGAACACUUGUUUCAGAAGUGCCAAGUUCCAUUCGAAAUGUAAAAUCAUUACGAUAUUUGGAUCUCUCCAAUACUCCCAUCACACAGUUGCCAGAGUCAAUAGAUUCUCUUCACCAUGUGCAGACAAUAAAACUUAGAGGUUGUGCACACUUCCUUCAGUUGCCAAAGGGCACGAAGAAGCUUAUCAAUCUACGACAUAUUGAUUUGGAUAUCAUUAGGCAAUUGUGGGCCAUGCCUCCAUACAUUGGAAACUUAACCAACCUUCAGACUCUGUCAGCAUUUCUGGUUGGUCGAGAGGAGGGGUGCCGUAUUGGAGAGCUUAAGAAUUUGAAUAAUCUUAGAGGAGUACUUCGCAUUUCAAGGCUUGAAAAUGUAUCAGAUAAGGAAGAGGCUGAGGAAGCUGCUUUGAUCGACAAGAAGUACCUCCAAAGGCUAGAGCUCCGGUGGAGUAAUGUGUUCACUGAGAAAAUAGAGGAACAAGAGAAAAUCCUUGAAUGUCUUCAACCCCAUGCUGGCCUUAAAGAGUUACACAUACAGCACUAUGCUGGGUCAACACUUCCAACUUGGAUAAGCAAUCCAUCUUUUGCUGAACUUCUUGUUCUCACUCUCUACAGAUGUACUAAUUGUCAACUUCUCCCGUCCAUUGGGCAGUUACGAAUGCUCAAAUCACUUUCUAUUAUAGAGAUGAAUGGGGUGAAAGAAAUCAAUCAUCAAUUUUUCAGAGAUGGCUUAGUUGAUCAAGCAUUCCCUGCAUUUCCGAAACUUGAGAUAUUAGAAGUUGACAUCAUGUUCAAUUUGAAAGAGUGGAGGGAAGUAAAAUUAGGUGACUUACCAUCCCUACUUAAACUCACAAUGGACUCUUGCCCUGAACUUGACUGUCUUCCAUCACUUUCUUGGCUAAAAUCCCUCAAGCAUUUGGAAUUCAGGCGUUGUCCAAAGCUUCUGUCCUUACCUUCUGAUGGACUACCAACUUCACUUGAGUCUUUCAUAGUAAUAGAUUGCCCUGAACUGAAAGAAUGGUGCCGCAAGGCGGAAGGUGAAGAUUGGAGCAAGAUAUCUAGUGUUCCCAGCAUAUGGUUUGAUUGUGAAGAAGUAAGAUCCAAGUCUCAUUGUACACCUGGAACAUCAGUAGAGAUUUAUGAGAAUAUGGAAUUGGAUGGAUGAACAAUGACUCUCUGUUCAUCCCCUAUAUGGUCACUCCCACUCAUAACAAGCAUCUUCAGUGUUCAUGAAUAUUCUUGAAGAUCUAUCCCCGAAUGAUGAUCUUGACCUAUUCCCUUCUAUGAUGGCGAUGUUCAUGCAAUUGAGGUGCUCCGAGCGUUUUACUUUCCCGCUGGAACUACAGAUGUCCAAUAACUACUUUGGACUUCACUAAGCUAUCAAGCUCUCUGGUCGCUGGAAUAAUCGGCAAUUUUGUUCCUCUUCACUUUGGUGCCAACUCAGACACAUAUUAUGGGUUUUCCAAUCAGAUUGACCUCUCCAAGCAAUUAAGGAGUUAGUUGAUGCAUGUUGGGUUCUCUGCCUCUACCAGGCAUGGCUUCAAAUCACUUCGUUGACAGGUGGGAGAUCCAAGAUUUUCAGCCUCUAUCUUCUGUGGAUUCAGGGUGGACUGUUUCUGGGGCUCUUAAUCAGAUGAUUCUAGUAUCUGCACUACUUUUGUUAGUACUUCUCAUGAAAUGAAAACAAGGAUACUGGUGAUGCACUUUUUGAUUGAGAGGUUUAGCUUCUUAAGUCUACUCCAUUGUAGUUCUUUUCAUGAUUGUUAUGUGUUUGCAAAGAAGAGAACGUAGACAAGGCCUAGGUUCCAACAACUUUGUCAUGUGCAGAGAUAAAUCAUCUGCAAAGGGACUCAAGAGAAGCUGAGUUGUUGGGGAAGGGGUAGCUAAGGUUUAUAAAGGGUCUCUAGCAUGACUGGUUGUAUAAUGGGAUUGAUUGUUUGUGUAAUCCUUUUUACUUGAUACAAUGGCUGGUUGUUUGCGGCACAAGAUUCUGGUUAGCAUCAUGGAUAUGGUGCUGUUAGGGUAUAGUCUUAGAGUGAGUUACUCCUGGUGCAUGAGUUCAUGCCUAAUGGAAGCACCAGAGUUCCACAGAAGCUUCGAUUCGGUUUUGGUGCUAUCUGGGAAACAAGGACUUAAUAUGGUUCUUGGAAUUUCAUACGCUCUUGCAUAUGAAUCUAUGAUCACUUGAAGAGGCAGAUAGUUCUAAGAGAUGUUAAAACUUAUUUUGAACUUAUUUUUUAAUGUUAGCUUAAUAUUUUAAA